AAAGCCACGCAAGAGCGCGAAACAACUCGAGCCUGCAAGCGCUGCAGCUCUACAAACACGACUCUUUCAACAUGGACCGGUUAGCACGUCUCCUCAGCUUCGUGCUGCUCGCCCUCCUCCCCCUCACAGCAGCCCUCAAAUUCGAUCUCCACCCCGUAGCAGCACACGACUCAGCCAAGUACGAGCGAUGCAUUAGGAACUUUGUUGCGAGGGAACAAUUGGUUGUUGUCACGGUGAUUAUGGACGGAUAUCGGGGGGACGGACAGAGGGUGGAUAUGCAUAUCCGCGACGCAAUGGGCAACGACUACCACCGUCCCAAAGACGUCGUAGGCGAGAACCGCUACGCCUUCACCUCGCACGCCGACUCUGCCUUUGACGUCUGCUUCGAAAACAUCUUUACCUCGUCCGGCUCCUCCAAGUCCAUCACCCCGCGCCACGUCGAGCUCGACAUUGACAUUGGCGCCGAUGCCAAGGACUGGAAUGCCAUUGGAGCCGCCGACAAGCUGAAGCCUGUUGAGGCGGAGCUCAGGAGGAUCGAGGAGGUUGUUGGAGAGAUUGUCACGGAGAUGGAUUACCUGAGGAGUCGCGAGCAGAAGCUUAGGGAUACCAAUGAGAGCACUAAUGAGAGGGUCAAGUGGUUUGCGUUGGGUACCAUGGGUAUGCUUGUUGGGCUUGGGGCCUGGCAGGUUGUGUACCUUCGUGCCUACUUCAGGAGUAAGCAUCUCAUCUAGAGAAUUGCGUAGUGGCUCUGGAUGGUUCGGAAGGCUGAGAGCGUUUUGGUUAAAAGAGAGAUUUUGGCGACCUGGUGUGUAUGGAUGGGUACGAUACGAGCAUGGAAGCUUCAUGGACUGCAUACUUCACACACGACUGGAGCGGCGUUGGUAGGACAUAUCCAAAUUUCAAAACUUGUUCACAA